AUGGCCACCAUCGACGAGCUCGGCGACGACGCCAGCUUCUCCAAGUCCAACUGGGUCGCGACCGACGCCAAGGCCCGCGAUGGCCAUCUCUCGCUGCGCUACCUCAACGAGUUCGUCGGCGACCUCAAGUGCGCACCGGCGCUCCUCGAGCGUGGCCUCUUUCCCGAUGCCAAGGAAGUGACCGAGACCAUGGGUGUCUUCAAUGCCAUCCGGAAGCUCAACCUCCACGUGCUCGACGCUGGCGACGACGCGACGGGCCUUCGCAACGGCAUUGUCGUCGUCGGCGAUGGCAUGACGCCGCGGACAGCCGCCAUGUUUGCGAGUCGCACGAAAGGCUGGACGUGCUUUAGCGUGGACCCGAUCAUGCGCGUGUCGACGCCGGAGGCGCCCGUGUCGUGGGCCGAUAUGGAGAACGUCGUGCCGAUUUGUGCCAAGAUCGAAGAUAUCCGCAUUCGCCUCAACAAGGCGAUCGUGAUCCUCGUCCACGCGCACGUGACGAUGCCCCAAGCCAUGGCGUCCAUCCAAGCCAACACUGUCGUCGCUGUGCUUACGCUGCCGUGCUGCAACUGGUACGGGCACCAAGAAGAACUCGAUCUACGCCCACCCACUGUCGUGUACGACGACAUGAGCAUCCUCUCGCAGCACCGCGAGAUCCGCCUCUGGUUGCCAGACCACACCAACCCCGACGCGAUUGUACCGGUGGGAGGCGGGUGCGUCCGGAAGGCGUAUGUGCCGCCUCGACGCGUGCCACCGCCGCUUGACGCGUUCCUGCAUCAAAUGCUCUCGACCCCGACGAACGACCUGCCCAGCGACAUUGUGGCAGCCGUCGUUGACACGUGUCGCCGGUCGCUGGCACCCUCGGCGGCGCUGCUCUUGUUGGGUGACCAACCCACGGUCCACGCCGCGCUACAAACGAGUGGUUUUACCAACGUUCUUUCUCGCACCGAGCUCUCUGCCUCGUCGUCGUUGAAGGUCGAUGCGAUCCUCGAUGUCGGGUACCUCCACGCCGUCCUCAGCCGCGUCGAGAAGACAAAAGCCUGUGGACUCGUGACCGAGCUCCUCCGCUUGUACAAGUCGUGGCUGCCAGUCCAUUCGGGCGACGUGCUCUGCCUCUCGGGCCGCCGCAUGUUGCGCAGUACAAAGUACUUUGCGCGACCGUCGCUCGCGUGGUCGAUGGUCGUGACACCGCUCGCCGCCGCCAACGCGACGUUCACAACCUUCUUGCACCAUGCAACGGUGCACGACGCGCCGCCCGUUGCGAUGGCCGACGGCGAUGCCCUGUGCUCUCUGGAAGCACUCCGCCCGCGCCUUGACGCGACGUUCACGGCGCGCUGCCCCACGGCAUUGCCGGUGACGAGCAUCGCCGAUGUUCUUGCGGGCGGCGACUGUCCGAACGUCGUGGUGCGCACGUCCGGAGUCGUCACACGCAUCCACCCAAUGCACGCUAAGCUUGUGCUCGUCGACCUCUGUGACGCCGUCGACGGCAAACUCGUUCUCGUGCUUCUGCGCCAGGAUUCGCUCAUGGCACCUGGUGACGCGCUGCGCUUGCCGCACACGCUGCUCCAGCACCUCCAACUCGGGGAUACGCUCGACGUCGUCGGCGACCUCGAGAUGACGGGCACCGGGUCGCUCAGUGUCAAGGCGGCAGCGGUCCGCCUCGCCGCAACCGUGUCCAGAGAUACGCUGACGUACUACCAAUAA